UUGAGGACCCUAAGACUCACUAUCAACUAUAAUGAAAUUUGAACAAACCUCUUUUAGGAAGAAAGUGACAGCUUAUAUAAAACGACAUAGUGUGGGCAUAUGAUAAUAAGAGCUGGCUCCUCUUAAUGCUUACUAUGGGGUUAGGCAUUGUGCCUUGUAAGAACUAAGUAAGGACCCAAGGAUGUUACUACUUCAGGCCAAUUGGAACUCAAUACACAAUAAUGAGAAUGGUGUUUUGAAUGUGGAGGCUGUGGACCCACGAGGUCGAACCUUACUGCACCUUGCUGUUUCUUUGGGACAUUUGGAAUCUGCUAGAGUCUUGCUCCGACAUAAAGCAGAUGUUACAAAAGAAAAUCGCGAGGGAUGGACAGUUUUACACGAGGCUGUGAGCACUGGUGACCCUGAGAUGGUGUACACAGUUCUUCAACACCGAGACUACCACAACACGUCCAUGGCCCUCGAAGGAGUUCCUGAGCUGCUCCAAAAGAUCCUCGAGACUCCAGACUUCUAUGUGCAGAUGAAAUGGGAGUUCACCAGCUGGGUGCCCUUGGUUUCCAGAAUAUGCCCAAAUGAUGUCUGUCGCAUUUGGAAAAGUGGUGCCAAACUGCGUGUUGAUAUCACAUUGCUGGGAUUUGAGAACAUGAGCUGGAUAAGAGGGAGGCGUAGUUUCAUAUUUAAGGGAGAAGACAACUGGGCGGAGGUGAUGGAAGUCAACCAUGAUGACAAAGUGGUCACCACUGAACACUUUGAUCUUUCCCAGGAAAUGGAGCGCCUCACUCUGGACUUGAUGAAGCCAACAGGCAGGGAGGUUGAAAGGCGGCUCACGAGCCCAGUCAUUAACACCAGCCUCGAUACUAAAAAUAUUGCUUUUGAAAGAACUAAAGCCGGAUUCUGGGGCUGGAGGACAGAUAAAGCAGAAGUUGUUAAUGGUUACGAAGCAAAGGUUUACACAGUAAAUAAUGUGAGUGUGAUAACCAAAAUACGGACAGAACAUUUGACCGAGGAAGAGAAAAAGAGAUAUAAAGCGGACAGGAACCCGCUGGAAUCCUUGUUGGGAACUGUGGAACACCAGUUUGGUGCUCAAGGGGACCUCACCACAGAAUGUGCCACUGCAAACAACCCUACAGCCAUCACACCUGACGAGUACUUCAGUGAAGAGUUUGAUCUGAGAGACAGGGACAUCGGAAGGCCGAAAGAGAUGACGAUCAGAACACAAAAGUUCAAAGCCACGCUGUGGAUGUGUGAGGACUUUCCUCUCUCCCUGGUGGAGCAGGUCAUUCCCAUCAUUGACCUCAUGGCCAGAACGAGCGCUCAUUUCGCAAGACUGAGAGAUUUCAUCAAAUUGGAAUUCCCACCUGGAUUUCCUGUCAAAAUAGAAAUUCCCUUGUUUCAUGUAUUAAAUGCACGGAUCACAUUUGGAAAUGUUAAUGGCUGUAGCACUGCUGAAGAAACUCAAAAUGUGGAAGGGACCCAGGCAGAUUCAGCUUCCCCGGUCACAGGCUUCGAGGUUGAUCAGUCUGUGUUUGAAGUUCCCGAAUCUUACCAUGUUCAGGACAAUGGCAAAAACAUGCACCUGCAGGACGAAGACUACGAGAUCAUGCAGUUUGCCAUCCAGCAGAGCUUACUGGAAUCGAGCCGGAGUCAGGACCUUUCAGGACCAGCUCCGAAUGGAGGGAUCAGCCAGACACAUGUCUACGAUGUCCAAUAUGAGAGGGCCAUCCAAGAGAGCCUCCUCACCAGCUCAGAAGGCCUGUACUCUGGUGCCUCGAGUGAGACAAGCCAUUUUGAUAGCGAUUUGCAGCUGGCCAUGGAGCUCUCUGCCAAAGAGCUGGAGGAGCAGGAGCUGCGGCUGCGGGAGGAGGAGGCGGAGCUCCAGCAGGUCUUGCAGCUGUCUCUCACUGAGAAGUAGACCUUUCUGCCCACAGCGGCACAGAGCAGAGCUCUGGGCUGCACGCGGUGCUACGUGACCAGGGCCUGGGGCUGAGGGCCUGACCGCACCUCGCAUGUGCACAGCGGACGGCGACUGCCCCCUUCUUUACGCAGAGGCGCAGAACCAGGGCCCCCUGGGUCCAUCCACAACACUCCCCGGUGAAGGGACUGGGGACCAGCAGGCCACAUCUCCAGACUAAGGGGAGGGGAGCAUCGUCACUUUCCAUGAGCUGUGUUGGCUUGCAGGUCACAUUUUUACUACCAGCUUUAGACAAAAAACCCCAAUCCCCCGCAGAUCUGUAGGUUCGUUUUUACCAAGGAGUGAUAACAAAACAAGUUAUUGCAGAGUCAGGGUGCUUUUAUAUAUGAGAGCAGCAGCCUUUGUAGAGUGUGGUUUAUGAAAAUUUAUGAUACUUCACAGUUCACCAAAGAAAUGGAUAAUCUGUGCCGAUCUACUCUUCAUUUUUACCUUUAUACAGGGUUCUAGGCCACCAUCACUGUUCCUCCUCCAUCUCCACCUCCUUCCAUUCUUUCCAUCCCUAGCUAAAGUUAAAGAGGAGAUGUGUACAGGAUCUAUUUUAGAUUAGGGUUAACUAUUUGCAUCAAAUUAAGAUAUACUAAUGACCAUGGAUGUUGCCUUAGCCUUAAAAAUUACUAAUAAUUUCAAACCACCUCACUUCAUUCAUUGAGGGAUCUGAUUUGAACUUGUAAAGGCAGUUCCUUUGAGAGUAGGAUCCUCCAGGCUAAACCCAAGGCAGCUAAUCCUGGCCCUGAAGGAACAGCUGGAACUGAGUUUUGUUCUUGCAGUGGGCAGGCCGGCCAAAAUACCAGACAGCAUAGAACCAAACGAUGCGUGUGUUCCACACGUCCCUAGUGGAGGGCCAGGAAGACCCACCCACUGCACGUCCUCAGCUUGCUGGAGGAGAAGGGGUGGGGUUAGAAACGGAGCUACAAAUGGAACUCAAUGGCUCUAUAUUCAGAAGGGAAAGUGAUGAUUCCACAUUGCUUUUCAGAGUUCAAAUCAUCUUUCUCGAUAAAUAUAUUUUUUAACAGAAUCUUUUUAUUAUUUUUAAAAGAUAUAAAAACUAUUCCCAUCAGUAGCAAUACAAGGUUAUACAUUUUAACCAGAUUUCUCAGGCCUCUUUUGGAUACCUUUAGUAGUUAACUAUUUUGUCUAACCCUUCUGUAAAUAACCAUCACAGAACAUACAGCUGAGGGUGCCCUCACUCUGGCCGGCUGUGUAUUCAUGCUCACAGGCUGCACUGAAAUAACCUGGUAAAUAAUACCCUCCUGUUUUACAUCAGUUUCCUGAGUGUUAGGCUUCUUUUGGGAUGGGAAGAGAAACAUGAAUUACGUUCCAGUUAAAGUCUGUAACACAGUUAGCAUUGCCAGUAAAAUGUUCCUAGCCACAAGGAAAUGUGUUUUUGAUUCAGUAUAACCAUCUUUCUUUCUUGUCAUGGUCUGACCAAAAUUCCUUCUCUGCACACCAGGCCAGUAUAUGCAGCAUCACCUUUGUUUCAAAUACAUACCUUGGCCUUUUGUUUACUGAAUAUUUACCUUGAGUGAGGACAGGACUUGGGAAUGGCUGCAGUUAGGCGACAUUGUUUACUCACUAAGGUGAACGCAGGUAAUCUCUUAUGUUUGCAUUCCAUUGUUCUGCUUCCCGUGUCUCUGACUUUCUCCCAGGAAGUCAAUUAAAAAGGGACUGAGCUUUUUGUCA